AUGCCUAUGGAGCCCAAGGACUGGAUUGAUGUGACCACUGAGAAGAACCACUAUUCUCUCGAUCACUUUGUCAUUCCAAAGCAUUACGAACAAGAUGUCUCCAGCAUCCUCAUUCCUCAUGGCGUUAUCAUGGAUCGUAUCCAAAAGCUCGCACGCUUGAUUGUGGAUGACGCCACUGGUCCACUUGUCGUGUGCUGUAUCUUGAAGGGUGGUCAUCAAUACUUUGCCGAUCUCGUCAACCAAAUCAAGGCUUUGACCAAGAGCAAUGGCAUGAGCGUCCCUCUCAGCUUGGAAUUCAUCCGUGUCAAGUCUUACAAGAAUGAUCAAUCUGAAGGCGUCACCAUUUCCUUGAGUGAGAGCGAAUGCAAGGACUUUGCUGGCAAGAACCUUCUUAUUGUCGAAGAUAUCAUUGACACCGGCAACACUAUGGUCAAGUUGCUUGAGCGUCUUAAGCAAUACAACCCAAAGUCUGUCAAGGUGACUUCCUUGUUGGUCAAGAAGACUUCCCGCAGCAAUGGCUAUGUUCCUGAUUAUGUUGGAUUUGCCAUCCCUGACGCUUUCGUUGUUGGCUAUGCUUUGGACUACAAUGAAUACUUCCGUGACCUCGAUCACAUUUGUGUCAUUAGCGAUCAUGGCAAACAAGCUUAUGCUAUCUGA